GCGGCUGUGUGCCGUGCGUGCUUGCUCGCGAGGCUGCCGGAUGGAGAGACGCGCGCACACGGAGAGACGCAGCACAUCCGGUUCUUCGCCACAUCGAACGCGGCGCUGAGUGACGACGACGCCCGCCGGAACAUGUCGAGUCGUCGGCUUAUCUUUUAGCCACGAACGCCCUCCCCCCCUCACCGUCGCCUCGCCCGGUGAAAGUGACAUCGAUUACCGCCCCCUUGAAAGCCAGGAAGGUUGGAUGGAAGACGGCUAGAGCUGCAGGUGUCGCCACCGUGGAUCUUCUUCAUUAUUAUUAUUACUAUUAGUAUUAUAAUUAGUAAUAAAACACAACUUUUUUGGCUCUUUCCAGCGUCUUGUGGUGCGCCACGACUCGAACUAACUAAGCGGCUCCCUCGGAGGCCAUCUCUGCCAUGGAAGCAGGGGAGCCUCUGAGGACCACUUUUGUCCUUUUUUGCUGAUUUUAACUCCCAAUUUGGAUCGAAAUGCCUUUCUAGUGCUGCUAUUUUGGGCAGGUUUGCGUGCGCCGUGCGUCACGCUGUCGCCAAUAAACGGAAAGACUCUCUCCAGCGGGCGUGCGUGUCCUAAUAUUCGGCUAAAAGGAGAAGGUAAGGGUGGUGGUCGUACGGGAGGAAGGAGGGCGACGAGGGGCUGGUCGUAGGUUGUUUUUGUUGUUUCCCCGAGCAAUAUGGCUGGUGAGUGGGGCUGGGGACGCUGGCACAGGCUCUCCAAGGCUCCUCCAUGCUAGCCGAGGCGGAUGGCACCGUCCCCCAUGGCAGCGACAGCUCUAUGAGGACAAGCAAUAGCAACCCUCAUCCCAAAGCGGACUCCUCGAUCCUGAUCUCCAAGAUGGAAGACGUCGUCAUUCCCUUCUCGUCCGAGGUGCCCUGUGACAAUAAUGGGCAGCGCAUGUGGUGGGCAUUCCUCGCCUCCUCCAUGGUGACCUUCUUCGGGGGGCUCUUCAUCAUCCUGCUGUGGAGGACCCUCAAGUACCUGUGGACUGUUUGCUGCCACUGCAACAUUAAAAACAAGGAGGCUCAAAAAGUGAACAACCCUGCCAACAACCAGGCAGCAGACAGACCAAAGGGUCCUGAUGAAAAAGAGGAGGCGCCGGCCAGCGAGGUGGGGUGGAUGACUUCAGUCAAAGACUGGGCCGGCGUCAUGAUCUCGGCUCAGACGCUCACCGGCCGAGUGCUGGUGGUGUUAGUAUUUGCACUCAGCAUCGGAGCGCUUGGAAUAUACUUUAUAGACUCCUCUGACCCUAUAGAAUCCUGCCAGAACUUCUACAAAGACUUCACGUUACAGAUCGACAUGGCCUUCAACGUCUUCUUCCUGCUGUAUUUCGGUCUGCGGUUCAUAGCAGCCAACGACAAGCUGUGGUUCUGGCUGGAGGUCAACUCGGUGGUGGACUUCUUCACCGUCCCUCCCGUGUUUGUCUCCGUCUACCUAAACCGAAGCUGGCUGGGUUUGAGAUUUCUGAGAGCGCUAAGACUGAUACAGUUCUCGGAAAUCUUGCAGUUUUUGAAUAUCUUGAAAACGAGCAAUUCCAUCAAGCUGGUGAACCUGUGUUCCAUCUUCAUCAGCACAUGGCUCACCGCCGCAGGAUUCAUACAUUUGGUGGAAAACUCAGGGGAUCCUUGGGAAAACUUCCAAAACUCCCAGUCGCUUUCCUAUUGGGAAUGUGUCUACUUAUUGAUGGUGACCAUGUCCACAGUGGGCUAUGGGGAUGUCUAUGCAAAAACCACCUUGGGCCGCCUCUUCAUGGUCUUCUUCAUCCUCGGUGGUUUGGCCAUGUUUGCCAGCUACGUCCCUGAAAUCAUAGAGUUAAUAGGAAACCGCAAGAAAUACGGUGGUUCCUAUAGUGCGGUUAAUGGAAGAAAGCAUAUUGUGGUCUGUGGUCAUAUUACCCUCGAAAGUGUCUCCAACUUCCUCAAAGACUUCCUACACAAGGACAGGGAUGAUGUCAAUGUAGAAAUUGUUUUUCUCCAUAAUAUUUCCCCUAAUCUUGAGCUGGAAGCCUUGUUCAAACGCCAUUUUACACAAGUCGAGUUCUACCAGGGAUCUGUGCUCAACCCUCACGACCUGGCUCGAGUCAAGAUCGAGUCAGCAGAUGCUUGCCUCAUCCUGGCCAAUAAAUACUGUGCAGAUCCUGAUGCUGAAGACGCCUCCAACAUCAUGAGGGUCAUCUCCAUCAAGAACUACCAUCCCAAGAUCAGAAUAAUCACACAGAUGCUUCAGUAUCACAAUAAGGCCCAUCUGCUGAACAUUCCAAGCUGGAACUGGAAGGAGGGCGACGACGCGAUCUGCCUGGCCGAGCUGAAGGCGGGCUUCAUCGCCCAGAGCUGCUUGGCCCAGGGCCUGUCCACCAUGCUGGCCAACCUCUUCUCCAUGAGAUCCUUCAUUGAGAUUGAGGAGGACACCUGGCAGAAGUAUUACCUUGAAGGAGUGGCUAAUGAGAUGUACACAGAGUAUUUGUCCAGUGCCUUUGUGGGCCUCUCCUUCCCCACUGUGUGCGAGCUGUGUUAUGUCAAGCUGAAGCUGUUGCUCAUUGCCAUCGAGUACAAGUCAGAGCAAAGAGAGAGCAGAAGCCGAAAGCGUAUCCUCAUCAACCCGGGCAACCACGUCAAGAUGCAGGAAGGAACGCUGGGAUUUUUUAUCGCCAGCGACGCAAAAGAAGUCAAAAGAGCUUUUUUCUACUGCAAAGCUUGUCACGACGACAUCACCGACCCCAAGCGGAUCAAGAAGUGCGGUUGCAAACGACCCAAGAUGUCCGUCUACAAACGAAUGAAACUGGCAUGUUGUUUUGAUUGCGGCCGUUCAGAGCGAGACUGCUCUUGCAUGUCAGGCAGUGUACAUAGUAACAUGGACACCCUUCAGAGGGCCUACCCACUUUCCUCUGUCUCUGUUCAUGAUUGCGCAACCACUUUACGUGCCUCCAAAUAUAAGUAUAACGGAUAUGUCAGAUCACCAGCAGAUGGCGCUACAACACCAGGGAACAGUGGAAGCCAAAAAGAGACUGGCGUUCGAUUCAAAGCUGAUUGCAAUUUAGUCGAAGACGAGCAUCCGUCAACGCUCUCGCCCAAAAAAAAGCAGCGCAACGGAGGGAUGCGGAGCUCGCCCAACUGCUCGCCCAAAAUGAUGAGUAGACACGACCCCCUUCUCAUACCUGGUAAUGAACAAAUCGAAAACAUGGACAUGAAUGUGAAGAGGUAUGACUCCACCGGAAUGUUUCACUGGUGCCCGUCAAAAGACAUCGAAAAAGUUAUCCUGACCCGGAGUGAAGCCUCCAUGACGGUGCUGAGCGGCCAUGUGGUGGUCUGUAUAUUUGGGGAUGUCACGUCCGCUUUAGUGGGGCUGCGAAACUUGGUGAUGCCUUUAAGAGCCAGCAACUUCCACUUUCACGAACUCAAGCCCAUUGUUUUUGUGGGCUCGCUGGACUAUUUGCGGCGGGAGUGGGAGACGCUACACAACUUUCCCAAGGUCUCCAUCUUACCUGGUACGCCAUUAAGUCGGGCAGAUUUAAGGGCUGUCAACAUCAACCUCUGCGACAUGUGCGUAAUACUGUCAGCCAAUCAGAACAAUAUCGAGGAUGCCUCACUGCAGGAUAAGGAAUGCAUCUUGGCAUCGCUCAACAUCAAGUCUAUGCAGUUUGAUGACAGCAUCGGAGUCUUGCAGGCAAAUUCCCAAGGUUUCACGCCUCCUGGAAUGGACAGGUCAUCUCCAGACAGCAGUCCAGUACAUGGCUUCGUGCGUCAGGCUUCCGUCACCACCGGAUCCAACAUCCCCAUCAUCACGGAAUUAGACAAACCGGGCAAACCGCUGCCGUCGGUUUCACUCAGUCAGGAAAAAAAAAGCGGGACCAACAUACAAAUGAUAACCGAGCUGGUGAACGACUCCAAUGUUCAAUUCCUGGACCAAGACGAUGACGACGACCCGGACACGGAGCUGUACCUCACGCAGCCCUUCGCCUGUGGCACCGCCUUCGCCGUCAGCGUCCUCGACUCCCUGAUGAGCGCCACGUACUUCAAUGACAACAUCCUCACCCUGAUUCGGACGCUGGUCACAGGAGGGGCCACGCCAGAGCUGGAGGCUCUGCUGGCCGAGGAGAACGCCCUCCGAGGAGGCUACAGCACGCCGCAAACGCUGGCCAACAGAGACAGGUGUCGCGUGGCCCAGCUGGCCCUCUACGACGGGCCCUUCGCCGACUUGGGGGAUGGCGGCUGCUACGGGGAUUUGUUCUGUAAAGCGCUGAAGACGUACAACAUGCUGUGCUUUGGAAUCUACAGAUUGAGAGACGCUCAUCUAAGUACACCAAGCCCGUGUACUAAACGAUACGUGAUCACCAACCCGCCGUACGAGUUCGAGCUGGUGCCCACGGACUUGAUCUUCUGCCUCAUGCAGUUCGACCACAACGCGGGCCAGUCCCGGACCAGCUUGUCCCACUCAUCCCACUCCUCUCAUUCCUCCAGCAAAAAGAGCUCCUCCGUCCACUCCGUCCCGCCCUCCAACCGGCAGAACCGCAGCAGUAAAACCCGGGAAGGCCGGGAAAAACAGAAUGCAACAAGGAUGAAUAGAAUGGGUCCAGAAAAGAAAUGGUUUACAGAUGAAGCGGACAACGCCUACCCACGGAACAUUCAGAUCAAGCCCAUGAGCACUCACAUGGCCAACCAAGUCAACCAAUACAAAUCCACCAGUAGUCUGAUUCCACCAAUCAGAGAAGUCGAAGAUGAAUGCUGAACCCUUUUUAUUUUUUUGUUCCAGUUAUGUCGCUGACAUAACUCAGCACUCGUGUUUUUCACGAUCACCACUGGAGGAGGGUUGAGGAUUGAACUAGCAGGUCGGGACCUCCUAUGUGUAUACCUUUAAUGUUACUUCCACGCUCUUUGGACAUUGUUUUAUUUAUUGAUGUAUCCAUAGAGAUGUACAUAAUGACAAUCAAAUACGCAUUGUACAGCCCCACCUCCCCCUCCUUAGCACUUUUUGGAAUUAUUAUUAUUUUACGAUUGGACAGAGAUACGGAUGAGGAGACAACAAAAAAAAAACAAGGAAGGAGAAGAAGCGAGUACUUCCUGAUAUGCUUUGCAAUAGUUUGUGACCAGACUCCACAGCGGCUAGAAGGAGGAUGAGGGUCGCAUUGCCAGGACCCAAAGAUCCGAGCGGACUCUUCCAAGCAGCUGGGCUCAUUUUGUUUCUCCAUCCUGCGUACUUGUGUUCUAUUUGCACUAAAAACAAGUUUCAGAGCCCAACCAAGGAACUGUGGGAUUGAAGGCGAGAAGGGAUCCUAACUGUUUUCGUAAGCUCCGAUCAUCAUUCACGUACAUCCAUUCAUACGGCGGGCGGCUGGUCUGCAGGUAGCUGGAAAGACGUUGCAUCCGUGCCCGAACCCAACCAUGUUUGACUGAGCAGCAGCAGCAGCAGCAAGAGAUCGCAGAGUUCACAAAAGGAAAUGCCACGUAUCGCGUAAAAGUGGGCAUUCAGCGGGUCCUCCUUUAACUGCCUGGCACGGGGUUGGCACGGAGGCUUGGAUGUUCUCCGUUGUCAAUCCAGAUGUCAAAAUAAUAAUCAUAAUAAUAAAUCGAUCAAGACUUUCAGGAGUCAAGCUGCUCUGCAAAUGCUUCAAACAAGGUUGGGUGGAGAUGCAACAGUAUGGACACCUGCGGGGGUUUGUUUUGUCUGGUUUUCAAAGUGUGGGGCGGUCGACGUCCCCCUCAGAGUAGACAUAAUAGGACUACAAAGACAAAUCAAUGUUCAGAGUAUAUGUGCUUUAUAUUUCUCAAGCUGCAGCAGUGACUCCCCUGAAGGUCCACACUCUGAAAACCUCUGGUCCAACGGUCUUUGCACAUGGCUACAACUCUUGCCAAUCGUCUAGAUCAGUGAUUCUCAAACUUUUAUUUUUUUUUAACCUCAAAAAUAUUUUGCCUCUCAAGUUCCACCGUUUUUGGUAGCUCAGCGUACCAUGACGGUUGAGCUUGUGGCUUCUGCUCGCUGGUAAUGGGCUGCGAAAUGAGUUAAACAAUCAAUUUGAUUGACUUCAUCUGAAUUCAGUUUAAGUGGAUCUUGUAUUUGUACAAGUAUUUUUCUAUAUAAAGCCCUGAAAUAUCAUUUUAUUUUGUUCAGGGUUAGGGUUAGGGUUCGAGGUCAGGGUGAGGCUUCGAGGUCCCACUAGAUGAGCUUGAGAAUCAAAGUUCGGGAAACAAGAUUCUGAAAAGACGUUUUCACAGCAAUGUACAGCCAUGACGUGAGACGAACACGUAAAAAAGUACAUAUCAUCAGCUUUUUUGAGGGUUUCCCCAAACUUAAGGUCGCGAUUUACAAUAGAAAUGUCAACGGAAAGUUUGUCAACAUAAGUUCUUGUCCGUUGUUAGUUUACGUACCGUUUAUGUCGAUGUCCUCCGUUGUUGAAAAAGUUUGGGAAACCCCGCUUUUUGCGUCCACAAAAGAUUGUUUUCUGAAUAAAGUUUAGCUAGCCAUCUUCAGCCCGGCAGCUCGCCUCCCUGAAACCUAAGCUUAGCAGGACAAAAUUAGCUACAAGAAAUAGCGCACAGACAGACUGGGUGAAAGAGUUCUACACAUAAAUAGAAGUAUUUAUCUAGGAGUAAUAAUAGAAGAUGAUAGAGUCGCUUCCUCCGACCUUAUUAUGCGUUUGACCUAAAUUAGGUCCCGGUGGCGCAAAGACAAAAGAAACGAGCGCACAUGAUUGCAAAGUGUGGCUUUUUGUGUGUGUGUGUGUGUUUUUUAACGAGACGUCGCAGUGUCGCUCCUCCUUUAGGCUGUAAAAGAAAACAAAAAAACCACGGGAAAAGAACCUGAUAUCGUGCUAGAUAUUUGUGUGACUCCAUGAUUUCCUUUGGAAUGGGGGGAGGCGGGAGGGACAAACAACAGGAAGCUUUCGUGUACUGAAGCCUCAUGCACAUUCGUCCUGAAGUGAACUUUGAACUGUGAUUAUUCCAUCGUCGUCACACUUGUAGCUCAGAUAGAGUAAAAAAAAAAAAAAAGGAUCAUUGCUAGCCGGAAUAGUGUGAAUUUUAUUUACUAUUUGAUCGUGAACGUGACUGAAAGAUGACAAAGGUGCACGGCGGAGCCUCCAAAGUCAAACACCAUCCCUUCCCGGUUGACUUCCAAGUUGUCCUAAUUUCAAAACACAUUUGUAAAUCAAGUCCGUUGCCAUUUUAGAACUUUAAUUAACUGAAAAGGUCUUCUGAACACUCAAAAAACAAGUCCAGCACGGCAGAAUAAAAGUAAAAUAAGGUAAAGCCACGCACCCCUUGUGAGCGACGCAUCUGCAGCUUGAGGGUGAAGAGGCUCCACUUGUUAAAUGGAGUUUUCAACAAAAGCAAAGAAGUUACUCCUGUCUGGACAGCCUUCCGUCUGAGGUGUGAAGUGUACACACUUUAUGUUCUGAAAGAACUACUGUUAUACAACUUCAGGUCAAGUUGACCUCUUCUUUAGUGCAAUUGGAGUUGACAGAAAGAUUCAUUCUACAAUAUAAUGCUUCCCUUUUGGGGGGUCCUUAAACCCCCAAAACAAACUGGUGGUGUUUAAUAGACUGAAUUUUAGGUUGUUCUAAUUUCAAAACAAAUCUGGACAUUCUUCCAUCUACAAAAGUGGGGCUUUUGGUCGACCCUGAACUUAUGUAAGGGAUACACUAUACUUUUGGGGUGUCCCAAAACCCCUAAAGCAAACUAGUGAUGUUUUAUAGGUACUCUCAAAAGGUGCUCUUUAUGCAAUGAGCAGCUCCAUUUCUUGUUCUUUGUCGUCCUCACGUGUUUGUCGUCACAUUUUGCUGGUGGCAUCAUUAAAAAGUCAAAGAAAAAGCCAUAUGUGGCGUUAACACUGAACAUCACUGUCGGUUGUCAUGUUUUUUCCAAGCGCACAAUCCCAUCUUCGUCAUCCAUCGACUUUUAGGUUGUUCUAAUUUCAAAACAACUUGGAAAUGAAGCCGAUCGCCGUCUUACAACCAUUAUUAGCUGCGCGAGGAAUGUUUUAGGAAAAGGAAAGUACAUUUAAAUACAACAAAAGUUCCAUUUCCUGUUGGUUCCUAUGGUUAUCACCACACUCCAUCACAAGUGCAAAAAAAAAAGACCAUGAACAAGCAAACUUUUUGUGCUCGGAAUCCAAAUUGUACGACUUUUGAGGGAUAUUUGACUUUUUCGGAGGUUCCGCCUUGCCCCGCCUGAGGGAGCGUCAGUGUGAAUUUGUUCGGAAGGGUAGCAUCACCAAGUCAGCUCACGACCGGAGAGAAAAUCCUUUAGCUUUCCUGCUUUUUCUUUGUUUUCCUAAUGUUCAUCCAGAGUUGACAACAUUCCAUUUUGUGAGCUUCGUCACAAACUGCGUCUCUUUUUUUGUUUACAGACUAUAUAAUUCAUUGAAGGUCCUUAAUGGUGGAAAUAAAAUAAUAACGCUGACAUGACACAAUACAAAUGAAUGCAAUAUUAGUUGUUGUCGUCUCUCCUUGUCAUGUGUUUUUAGGUUUUUGCAUCGCAUACCUCGACGCAUUUAGUUUGUUUUUUGAAGUGCCAUGAAGAGUUACUGUCGAGCGCAGCAUCCUUCAGUCAUUCGGGGACGCAAGCUGACUUUUUUACAUUUCAAUUCCCAUCAUUUGUAUCACUUGCACGGUGACGUGAUGGUCUUGCACUGGCAUGGAGAACAUCCAAGCCGUCAACGCCUCCAUGCCAGCGCUGUGCCAGGCAGCGCUGAAACGAGGAGGACCCGCCUCGAGUCCCACUAUUGCGACAAGUGGCAUUUCUCUUAGAAUUAAAGACACGGAUGACUGAAAGAUGUGAACGUUGUACAGCACGUGACUGCACUUCAUGUGCUGUAAAGGAUGGAAAUCAUCAUUUAUGUGCUGAGAGUCGUGUUAGAUAUAUAAUAGAUAUACUGUAUGUAUAAAACACAAACACAGACUGGAGUCUUAAUUAGAAUAACAGCAACAAUAAUAACACGUUGAUUCAGGCAUCACAUGAUCAUCACCGCAGCGAAUCAGGAGUUUGACAUAGCAGUCUAUUUGUUUUUCUUUUCUUUUGGGAUGCGUUCUAUAGAAGACAUAUGAUGGAUUAUUUUGAUGGUGCUGAGUUGAUCUACCUGACUCUGUCAAAUAUAAUCUGCUGAUAAAUAUUACUGUCUUGUACAAAAUGUUUGUACAUAGAUUGUACAUGGUUUCUUUUUGUAUUUUUCUCAAAUUAAAAAAAUGGAUGUAUUAGUGUUCUAAA